CCGCACUUGGCAGGAUCCUGCCUGCGAAGCAGAAGACUGACCCUUAUCAGGGCGGCCAUGUACAUGUUCAUGGUGGCCACCAUUCUGAUGACCAUCUGCGGGAACCUCCUGGUCAUCAUCUCCAUCUCUCACUUCAGGCAGCUCCAGUCCCCGACAAACCUCCUCGUCCUCUCGUUGGCGUGCGUCGACUGCCUCUUGGGCACCUUCGUCAUGCCUUACAGUAUGGUCAGGUCGGUGGAAAGCUGCUGGUAUUACGGAGAGACUGUAUGCAAGAUACACUCCGGGUUUGACAUGACGAUGUCCAUCGCGUCGAUUUUACACCUGUGUCUAAUUUCGGUCGACAGGUAUUUGGCUAUCUGUGAGCCACUGCUGUACAGAAGCAGAGUGACCAUGGAGAAGGUGUCAGGUCUUAUCGGCAUCACCUGGCUGUUUUCCUUUGGAUUUAGCUUUGGGGUGGUGCUGUCAAGGGUAAAUCUAGUUGGCAUUGAGGAGAUGCUCAUGAUGCACUCCUGUGUAGGCACUUGUGUGCUAAUUUUCAACAAAAAGUGGGGGGUGGUGGCUGCUUUUGUGGCUUUCUUCAUCCCCGGAACAGUGAUGGCGUCCCUCUACAUGAAGAUUUUCCAUGUUGCUAGGAGGCAUGUCAGAGUGAUCCACGGCAGCAAGGCGAGGCCAGGAGCUCUACACGAUAAGAACAAUAACUCUGAACACAAAGAGAAAAAGGCAGCAAAGACCCUGGGCAUUGUGAUGGGGGUUUUUAUGUUAUGCUGGUUACCUUUCUUCAUCAUGCUUGUUACCGAUCCUUUCCUCAAUUUUUCCACCCCGUCGAACGUGGCUGAUGCUCUUGUGUGGUUUGGAUACUUUAAUUCUACUUGUAACCCUCUCAUUUAUGGAUUUUUCUACCCCUGGUUUCGAAAGGUGUUUAAAAUUAUUAUAUCAGGACAAAUUUUUGACUCUGGUUCUUCGUUAUUAAACGUUUAUGCAGAGAACAAUUAA